UUUCACACCUAUUACAUCACAGCUUAAUUCCUCUUUUCAUCCAAGACUAUCUCAUUCUUCCACCCUCCUUUCUUGCAAUUCUCUCUCUUUUCAUUUUCUACUUCUCAGUUUUCUCUUUAGUGGUUCAGCUUCCGGCCGCAACAAAUAUUACAGGUAUAAAAAGACUUGAACUUCUAUAGCUGAUGGAUUCCAACAAACCAAACAACUAUUCAUAUGCAGAAAAACGGAAGGCUACAAGACAGCUGAAACUACGCGAUACAUAUAGCCAAAUAUCUGCUCAUAGAAAGGGAGCAUUGCUGCUGUCACGCCGUUUGACAACACAAAAUCCCACUGUUGGCACUCCAGAGCAGCCAACGUCAUCCUGGUACAACGCCGGUUUUCCAAAACAAGCUGCUCUUACGAUACAAGAACCUCCACCCUUUCCUGAAAAAGCUGCCAGCUAUCAACUUUGUGUGACUAAACCCCACGACAAUUUAGACAAAGGAAAACAGAUAUGUAAUCCUGUUGCCGCUCAUGAAACACUUAGUGUUGGCGCUCCAGAGCAGGCAACAUCAUCUUGGUACAACACCUGUUUUCCAAAACAAGCUGCUGUUACGAUACGAGGACCUUCAACUCUUCCUGAAAAAGUCAUCAACUUUGUGUGACUAAACCCCACGACAAUUUUAACAAAGGAAAACAGAUAUGCAAUCCCGUUGCCGCUCAUGAAACACUUGCCACUCACCAACUUUCUGCGACUAAACCCACAGAACUUUAGACAAAGGAAAACAAAUAUGCAAUCCCUUCAACGCUUAUGAAACAGGUAAGCCUACUCUUUACAUUAUGUUUUCCAGUAUGGCAUAUUAUGUCUUACAUUAUUGUAAACUAGCAUUGUUUGCAUAUAAGGGUGCGCAUCGGGUACGUGUCGUCUACCCAGCAUCUUCCGACCUUAAACACUGUUCCAACCAAAGGUUUGCACUUAUUCGGUACUACAAUAAUGAACUACAUUACUGUGUGACACCAUUCUCUUCUCUUCUUAUGAUACUUCUUAAAUACUCAGGUCAUAGACGGACCAAAAAGGUGUGCCCAGCUAUUAUAGAACAACGAAGUACGUAUGUUGCUCUAAAAAAAAGUUCCAAGCUGUCAAUAUUGCAAUGCAAAAAAGCUUGAAUAUGAAUCUCCGGGAUUUUGUUGUAACAAUGGUUCAAUACGGCUAACAUCACAUGAAAUGCCACCUGAUUUAGCUAAGCUGUACUUUGAAAAGACAGAAGAAUCUGAACAUUUUCGAACUUAUAUUAGAACAUACAACAAUAUGUUCGCAUUCACCUCGCUUGGUGUGAAGUAUGAUAAAGAACUAGCGCGAAGAAACUGUGGUAUUUACACAUUUAGGGUCCAAGGACAAAUGUAUCAUUUCAUAGAUGAUCUGAUUGCUUCCAAUAAAGAUCCCAGGAACUUACAGUUAUACUUUUACGACCAUGACAAUGAACUAACCAAUAGGAUGGCUUGUUCAACAAGAGUCAACGAAUCGAUCGUGCAAAAAUUGAUGGACAUAUUGAAAGUCAAUCCAUACACUAUAUUCCUGAAAUCUCUCUUGAAUGUUCCACAAUUACCAGAUUUCUAUAUUGCGCUUAAAUGUGACUCAUCCUUAGAUCAGCGAACAUAUAACUUACCCCGCUCAUCAGAGGUUGCAGCAAUAUGGCCCGAGGAAAAUUCUAUAGAGACUAUCUCUGCACCACAUAUUCGGAUUUAUACUCACAGUAAUAGAUCUCAGAUAGUAAAUUAUUAUUACGGAUGUUAUGAUGAUCCCUUGCGGUAUCUGUUAUUAUUUCCAUAUGGUCAAAAUGGAUGGCACUGUGGAAUUAAAAAAAUUAUUCAAUCAAAUAGUGUGACAAGGAAUAGAGCUUAUUGUGAACAUGAAGAGCUACCCAGUAUAUCAAACAUGUGUUCAGUUGAUGGAUUUCUUGACAUGGAAGCCGAAUCACAACAAAGAGGAAAACGAAAAAGAGAUACGGUCUCUUGUCGAGAGUAUUAUUGUUACAAAUUUCAAAUAAGAGAUAACGAGACAAACGAAGUAUUACAUUGCGGAAGAAUAUUCAAAUAAUUUAUAGUGGACGUGUAUAUCAAGCUUGAAACACAAAGACUAGACUUUUUCUCAUUUAAUCAAGAUUUAUUUAGAAUUGAAUUCCUACAAGGAAUUCCAGACAUUUUGAGAUGUGGUGAAAGAGAAGCUGCAAAAGUUGGAAAAAAAUCAUUCCUACCUGUUACAUUUAUAGGAGGGCCAAGGGACAUGCGUCGGCGAUAUAUGGAUGCUAUCGCAUUGGCUCAGCAUUUUGGAAAACCUGACUUAUUUAUAGCAAUGACAUGAAAUCCAUCUUGGCCAGAAAUAAAAGAACAUCUACUACUCACUGAUGAAGUACAAAAUAGACCUGAUUUAGUUAGUAGAGUAUUCAAAGCAAAGAUAGAAGAAUUGAAAAAUGAUAUAUCGAAGAGACAAAUUUUUGGGAAAGUUGCGGGUUUUAUGUAUACGAUAGAAUUCCAAAAGCGUGGUCUUCCGCAUGCUCAUUUUCUUAUUUAUACUUACUAAUGAACAAAAAUUAUUAACUCCUGAAUCCUAUGACAGAUUUGUUUGUGCUGAAUUGCCUGAUUCUAACAAAGAUCCUUAUUUGUAUUCACUUGUUACUCAACAUAUGAUGCAUGGUCCUUGUGGAAAGUUAAAGCCGACAAAUAUUUGCAUGAGCAAGCUAGGUAAAUGCAAGUUCAAAUAUCCAAAAGAUUUUGCUGAUCAGACAUCAAAAGGAAAAAAUUCAUAUCCAAUAUAUAGAAGGCGAAAAACUGGUGAGACUGUGAAAAUAAGACGUCAUUUUUUAGACAAUUCAUGGGUUGUUCCAUAUAAUUCAUUUUUGUUAUGCAAGUAUAAUUGCCAUAUGAAUGUUGAAGUUUGUUCUGAUAUCAAAGUAGUUAAAUAUAUUUACAAAUAUAUUUGCAAAGGCCAUGAUAAAAUUGCAUUUCGUAUACAUAAUAGUGAUACAGAUACAGACACAGAUGAAAUAAAAGAAUAUCAAUCUGCUAGAUGGGUUUCACCUCCUGAGACUGCUUGGCGUUUAUUUAGUUUCCAUAUUAGUGAAAUGGUUCCAGCUGUGUAUCACCUUCAGUUACAUCUAGAGGGACAACAAUGUGUCUCCUUUAAAAGUACUCAAAAUAUAGAAAGAAUAUUAGCUAAUCCAAUGAUUAGAAACACAAUGUUGACUGAAUUUUUUGUUAUGAACAACACAAACGAAGAUGCUAAGCAACUUAUGUUACUAUAUAAAGAAUUUCCCCAAUACUUUGUAUGGUCACCUGCAUACAAAACAUGGACACGCCGGAAAAAAGGUACCGUUAUUGGUCGUGUUGUAACAUGUCAUCUGACAGAAGGAGAAAGAUAUUACCUUAGAUUAUUGUUGAUGAAUGUAAGAGGUCCAAAAUCAUAUCAAGAUCUACUUAUGGUCGAUGGGGUAUGUUGUGAAACAUUCAGAGAAAUCCGCGGAAAAAAGAGGAUUAUUACACUCUGAUAGCAGUUUGGUUGAAUGUAUGUGUGAAGCUGUGAGUUAUCAAAUGCCAUAUAGUUUAAGACGUUUGUUCGCAACAUUAUUGGUGUAUUGUAAUCCCAGUAAUUCAUCAGAGCUUUGGAAGAAAUUUGAAUAUUCGUUAUCUGAAGACUUUAAUAUUCUGCCUAAUCUGAAUGCAAAAAAUGUACGUGAUCUGACCUUAAGUCACAUCAAUGACAUUUUACAUUUGAUGGGACAUGAUAUUAAUGAAUAUAAGCUUGUGCCCGAAAGAAUUAGAAUUACAUUGCCACCAGCUAUUAGAGAGGCGAAAGAUUGUCAUUUUGAAAGACAUAUUAUUGUCAGUGAGGAGGAUUUGUUAUUAGAGGCAAAGUUGACUACUGAACAACGAAAAGCAUACGAUACAAUUCUUAAUAGAAUAUAUUCUAAUCAAUCAGGUGCAUUUUUUAUAGAUGGACCUGGUGGAACCGGGAAAACAUUUUUAUACCGUGUUUUAUUGGCGACUGUGCGAUCAAAAGGUUUUGUCGCUUUGGCAACAGCAACCUCUGGUGUUGCGGCUUCAAUUCUCCCUGGAGGCCGAACAGCUCACUCCCGAUUUAAAUUUCCUAUUGAAAUAGAUGAACAAUGUUCCUGCAACAUCAGUAAGCAAAGUUCACUUGUAGCCUUGAUACGUGAUGCCAAACUAAUCGUGUGGGAUGAAGUGACCAUGGCUAAGAAAAAAGUGAUAGAAGCUUUUAAUCUUCUGUUGAAAAAUUUAAUGGAUACAAAUGAACCAUUUGGUGGAAAGGUUGUUGUCUUUGGUGGUGAUUUUAGACAAACUAUGUCAGUUGUUCGAAGUGGAAGAAAAGAAGAUUUUAUUCGAGAAAGCUUAUUAUAUUCUGAAAUUUGGAAUCCAUUUGGUGGAAAGGUUGUUGUCUUUGGUGGUGAUUUUAGACAAACUAUGUCAGUUGUUCGAAGUGGAAGAAAAGAAGAUUUUAUUCGAGAAAGCUUAUUAUAUUCUGAAAUUUGGAAUCAACUCGAGAAAUUGAGAUUAUUAGAGAAUAUGCGAGCCAAAAAAAAUCCUACAUUUUGUGAAUAUUUGAUGAGAAUAGGAAAUGGAAAAGAAAAAAUCGAUAGCCAUGAUAAAAUUAAACUUCUUGAUUGUUUUAUCAUUCCUUUCAUUUCAGAAAAUGAAUCAUUAAAUCACCUGUUUAGAAUAAUCUAUCCAGAUCUACAUACAUGCUUUUCUGAUAUAUCUUCGAUGACUUCACGUGUAAUUCUAACAACCAAAAAUGACUUUGUUGAUGAAAUGAAUGAUUUGCUCAUAGCUCAGUUUCCUGGUGAUCCUAAAACUUAUGUCUCAUUUGAUGAAACAACUGAAGUGAAUGACCAAAGUCAAUAUGAAGAUUAUUUGCAUACAUUACAUCCUGCUGGCUUACCUCCACACAGAUUGAUAUUGAAAAAAAAUUGUCCCGUUAUGUUACUAUGA